AUGGCCGACGGCAACAACGAGCCAUCGCACAACUCCGAGGCUCUCCUCUCAGACCUCAACGAAGCCGCCAACCACGUGGACUCUACGCCACAAACAUGUGGCCCUAGCCCAACCGUCAAAGUGGCCAGCCUGCGACUGGCUCGCAAAGGUUCCUACUCCAAGGAGAAACCGGAAAAGACACCUACGUCCAGGCCACAGACUCGACCGUGUCCACGACGCCAGCAACCGCCCAAGAGGCCGGCUGCUACACAAAGAAACCGAGGAGGCCGAGCGACGGCCAUUACCAAGCCAGCCGCCAUUUCUACGGCCACACAGACUGACGAAUUUCCUUCGCAGUCACCGCCCAGAGACGAAGAAUCCAGUGGCGCCAGUUCCUCCUCUCCCACGACGUCUUCCUCCUCCUCCUCCUCCUGGGAGCACGAGACACCCGCCACCUCACCGAGCUCCGAAAACGAAAGUGUUGCGAGCUUGGAACAGCCUGAGCAGGGAGCGUCGUCUGCUGCAGCCGCCGGCACCAACCCAGCCCGCGAUCCAUCCGUGCAGCCCCAGACUGGUUUCCUCUCUCAACCAGUCCUCCCCAGUCCUGACGUCACUGGAGAGAGUGGCGCACAUGCCACAACCCUUUCCCGAAGCGAGAGCGAGCGUGGGUCAACUGCUUGUCUUCCCCCGUCCUCCCCUCAGGCCAACAACCCCCUCCCUCUCCCGGCGGGUCCCCCAAAGGAACUGAGCCGGCCACUAAGAGAGGAGGUGCCACUCCCCACAACAUCCGGAGUCUCCCCCUCCCCCCAGGCGGGCUUUGCAAGCUUUCCUCCUCUCCCCACCACAGAGGCCCCAGGCAAGAUAACUCUGUGCGCGCCGAUCGACUCCUCUCUGCCACAGACAGGAGGGAACAAGAAGGGGAAAUCGACAACAAAACAGAAACCAGCGCCACGCCCGGUUUCCUCUCAGGCGGUGGCGGAGAUCAGCGCCCCUAUUAGGCAAUCACCACUGGACCCUGCUGGUGACGCCAUCGGCCAGACGAUCAUUUUCAGACCGCUCGGCCGUAAGUCACACUUCCUGGCUGCAUCAAGGGACGCAAUCUCUGCCUUCCUCGCCGGUUUCCCAGCCACACAACGGGUGCGGGUCAAUCAUCGCCGCAACCUUGUCGCUGUCGACACCACCCCCAACUCUGAUGUCAGUGCUCUCCUUGAGUCUCCUUGA